UCACUCGAGUAGCAUUUCCAUAGAACUUGUCGUUCCGGAACGACUCAACUCAAUUAUUUUUUGGUAAUUUCGCGCAAAUAUUUUGUGAUUUUUGGUUGUAAAAGAACAUUUAAAGACAAGAAAGACAAAGCAAACUAAGGAAAUCGUGUGGGUUGCAAGAAGCCGACAAAUGAUAAACACAGCCAGAAACCCAGAAGACUGUGCAUCAGCCGAUGCCACCAACAAGGAACAACAGAAACCAAAUUUUAUAUGUGGUGUUAUAGAGGGCUUUUAUGGGCGACCCUGGACUACGGAACAAAGAAAGGACUUGUUUAGAAAGCUUAAAAAAUGGGGCAUGGAUUCCUAUGUAUAUGCCCCAAAGGACGACUACAAGCAUCGUGCGUACUGGCGUGAGCUAUACACUGUUGAAGAAGCAGAUCAUCUAUCGGGUUUAAUAUCGGCCGCAAAAGAACAUGGCAUUACAUUCUAUUAUGCUUUAUCUCCCGGCUUGGACAUGACGUAUAGCAGUCAAAAAGAGUUGCAGACCUUAAAACGCAAAUUGGAUCAAGUUUCUCAAUUUGGUUGUGAAGCCUUUGCACUUCUUUUCGACGACAUUGAAUCUGAAUUGUCCAAGGGGGAUAAAGAAGUCUUUCAAACGUUUGCCAAUGCUCAGGUCUCGGUUACAAACGAAAUCUUCACGCAUUUGGGCAAUCCUCGUUUUUUGUUCUGUCCUACACAAUAUUGCAGUUCACGUGCUGUGCCUACCGUCCAUGAUUCUGAGUACUUGAAUACAUUGGGUUCAAAACUAAAUCAUGACAUAGACAUCAUGUGGACUGGCGACAAGGUGAUAUCGAAAAUCAUAUCUGUUGAAUCGCUUCAAGAAAUUACUGAGGUUCUGCGACGUCCGCCAGUCAUUUGGGAUAAUUUACAUGCCAAUGAUUACGACCAGAAAAGGGUAUUUUUAGGUCCCUACUCUGGUCGAUCGCCGGAAAUCAUACCCCAUUUGAGAGGUGUAAUGACCAAUCCGAAUUGUGAGUUCCAUGCCAACAACGUGGCAAUACACACAUUGGCCUAUUGGUCGCGUUGUGUUCUCGACUCUCGAGUGAAUAGUUCCAUAUCAGCUGACAUUAGGCUGGAGACUGAAAACGAUGAUGAAAAUGGUUCGGAUGAUUUACCAGUGGAUUGUUGUCUUUCGAAGAAUAUCUAUCAUCCUCGAAUGGCACUGAAAAAUGCCAUAUCAGAGUGGCUGCCAGAAUUCUUUCUUGAAAAAGAGGCAUGGGGACCAAUUACAAAACCUCAACCACAAGUGACCCUCGUAAUGCCCAUCAUACCUAUUAUACCCUCCAUCAAUACAUGUAUGAGUUUAACGACAACAACCACUACAUCCACCAAUGCUAAAACUCCCAAUGUUCCCCAAGUGAAUACAACACAACUACAAGCCUUGGCCGAUGUGUGUAGCACCGUAAAUUCGUCUUCUGUCAAUCCCAUUUCCAAUGCGGUAAUGAAUUCAUUGGUUUCGCCCACAAAGGUGGUAACCAACGAAGACAUAAUCAACCCCAUACCAACUUGUGUGGCAUCAAAUAUCGAGUUACCCAAGAAGAUACCAAUCUCUAUAGUGUCUGUACCAAUAAUGGUGUCCAAAGAGGUGAACAGUGAUAGUGAUGACAUGCGUGAUGCAGACGAGAUUACACCGGCCACAAAGGCUGAAGAAUUACCGGUUAAACCGGAAACUUCUGCAACUAGUGAUAAGGAAUUUUUACCAGAGGUCCCGGAGACUAUAAAAGACGAAGCUAAAUUAGAGGAAGAAGAUGUCGUAAUAGAAGAUAAACAAGCCGAUGCUGAUAGUUCUGGUCUGUCAAUUGAUGCAAUGGCAGAUGACAACAACCUAAGUCCAGUCAGUGCUGGCAACGAGCCAAUGGAAUGUAGUAGUAGUUUAACCUCUCAAAUCUCUCCAAAAGAUGAGAACGGCAAACCUGGGGCGGCUAAUGCCAAUGAAGAUGUGGUUAUGGCCGAAACCAGUUCGAAUAGUGAUAAUAUGAAUAACACCAUGCAGGUUGAGAGCGUCGAGUCAUCUCCUAUAUCUGUUGCCGAGAUGACCGAAAUUGAAAAGGUGCCUAAUGAAGCUUCAAAGAUAAACGCCGAAGACCUGUACUUCCUAUGUGACUUGUUUUAUUUGCCAUUUGAACACGGAUGUCGUGGUUUCAAGCUGCUCAAUGAGUUCAAUUGGCUAAAGGCGAAUGCCCACGUGUUGUUGGACGCCAAAUUAGCAAAACCCAGCCCAGUUGGUGAAGCGCAAACAAAACCUGAAGUAGCAGAGUGGUUACAGAGGUCUGAAUAUUUCUCAAAGCUCUGCAAGUCAGUGUAUGAACUCUUGCAGAAGGUUGCUCUGUGUGAUAAUAAGGAGAUAUGCCACGAUUUGUUCUCCUAUGUUUGGGACAUUGCUGGGGCUCUGUCUCUUUUGGAUGCUUUUGUAAAGUGGCUCAGCUUGGGUCACUUCCCGGCUAAUGUUUAUGCAUAUACCCAAGGAAGUUAUACAUGGUUCAGUAAAGGAUGGAAGGAGGCCUUUAUGUCCGGCGAUCAAGAACCGUGGGUAUUUCGCGGAGGCCUUAUAGCUGAUUUACAAAGGUUGAUGCCUAUCGAUCAGGGCAAUGACUUGUUUGUCUAUAAACUACCUGAUCUACCCACAACAGAUUAUUACACGAUGCGUCCUUAUAGUGCAAUGGAUGAAUCUGCAGUCAAUAUGAUCUGUACACAGGGCUUUCUGACAUUGUCAUUGCCCUCAUCUGCCGAAGAAAAGGAAUUACCUUUGCACUUAAAUUCAAAGUUUGCCGAUUUAAUUGCGGAUAGUAUUAUUGGUCCAUUUGUCACCUUGCAUCCUGAAUUUUGUAUCGUGGCCACUGACUCUUCUGGUAAAGUGGUAGGCUAUGCGGCUGCCGCUCUGGAUUUUCAAACAUUUGCGCGUAAUGUUCAGAUUUGCUGGAUACCCGAAAUGAAGGAGAAAUAUCCCGAAAACAUGGAAGAAUUGGAAAUGUUUGAUUUGGCGACACCUGCUUCGCAAAGAACAGGUGCAACUCUGCGCACAAUGAUUAAGGAAUUCCAUGCCUAUGAACCGCAAUGUCCGCCGGAAGUUAGCAGCUCGUAUCCAGCUGUCAUGACUUCGGCUGUGCUAGAAUCGUGCCUAAACCCCGAUUACGGUGUAGCCAAGCGUCUCAUUACUGUACUCUUGGCAACAUUAAGGGCCAAUGGUUGUUUCGGGGUUCACAUACGAUUGGCAGCUAAGGAUUCGGGCCUUGAAUUGCUGCAGUACUAUGCAAGACUCGGAUUUGCUGAAAUAUACCGCGAUGGACCAGAUUACAUUUACUUUGGACGUCGUUUCUAGCACCGCCAACGUUCGUCAAUAUCAGAGUUUUUGUUGAGGAAAUAAACAUUCAGCCUAAAACGGAAUCUCCUUAAGUCUAAAUUGCUGUACCAUUUGGUAAUCUACAGAUCGCACUAAAACAAACCCGCCUUCGCCAAAUGUUUCGAGAGAUGCGUACCAAUUGAAACGUGUACACGAAAUUCCUUAUAGAAAUUUACAAAUCACGCCAGCCAGCCCGCCCGACCACAAUUUUAUACUUUAGCUGUUCAUAAGUUUUCAGAUUUUUUACAAUUGAUUCGUAGACAGACAACAUGUACGCUGUUCGGAAAAGCGUAACUUUCAAUUUUAACGCUAGUAUUUAUAUCAUUUUUAGAUAUCGGUGCCCCUAUUUGGCACUCUUUACUAUAUAAAUAUUUAUAUAAGAUCAACAACUACAAAACAAACAGACAAUUUUGCAAUGUUUCCUUCUUUUUGUCAGCCGUCAAAAAUGCAUUUAAAUCACAAUGUUUUUUAUUUUUUUCAAAAAAAUAAAUAUGAUAUUGAAAAAUGUAA